GAUCCAGCGGUGCGUUGUGUUUUGCCAGUUUUGUCUCUGCUGUGAAAUCUCAGGUUUUAAACCAAGUAAAACGUUAAAUUAAAAAUAUUUAAAACGGAGAGAGUUACCGACUAACGUUACUGAAAGAGCGCGUGACAUUAAUCUCUUAGUCCGGUUCUUCCGGGUUGGUUUCGUCCGUUUGGUCCCAGAAUGAAGCCCCCUCCUCGGAAACGCUCCAAACCGGAGCUGAGCACCCCCCCGUGCCCGUGAAGUGGCAGAGACCGGAGCACAUGAAGCUCCUGAGCGGGCUGAAGAGGCAGUCCAGAACCACCAUGGGGGCCGGAGACCUGGACCCCAGAGACCUGAAGAAGUCCAUCAAGACCCGGUCUGUUCAGGAGAUCCAGUCUGAGGUGGACUCUCUGAAGGACAAAGUGAUCUCGUCCGCCAGUUUUGAGUUUGAGAGGAGGAGACGGCAGGAGAGGAAGGUCAAAAAGCCCAUCGAGCUGUGGACUGACAUGGCGUCUUCUGUGACGGGAAGCCUCGAAGAGACCAUCAACACAGCCUUUGCUCAGAUGUUGGUCGUCUCGUCCACUGAGCCGCGGACUCUGAGGAACUGUGACCCCCCUAACAUACAGAGACAAACCUCCGAUCAGAGCAGACCCGUGGGACGCACCGUUCCCCCCAGACCCAUCUUCAGACCAACACCUUUAGCAGGUGUUUUUUCCCCUGCCCCCACUCUCCUGGUCCUGAAGACCCCAGCCCCCACCAUGGGCCCCGCAAGGAGACUCCCAGCUCCCUCAAAAGUGCUUCUAGUCCCUCUACUCCAGGGAGAGCCAUCUACAAAAACUGGAGCCUCUGCUGCCCCCCUCCUGUCAGACAGCCGCUACUGCAUCCCCCCAGCCUGCCUCCAAGACCCCCGUCACCCCGGUUACCCCGGUUACCGCACCUGUCACACCCAGUCUGAAUCUGCAGCCGGGGGAACGAUUACUCAGAAACCCUCAGAGCAACAGAUCUCCAGUCCCCCCUCCUCUGCCCCCAGUCCUGCUGCCUCACCCUCUAUCAGCUCCCUCAUUUCAACACUGGCUACCAAGCCCACUCCGCCCCCUCCCUCAAGCCCAGCAGCUGCCCUCCCUGCCGGGUUAGGUCGAAGCUGCAUGUUGAAGGAGGACAGUCCCAGGAUUAUUGGGGUGAAAUGUGUGGUGGACUUUGAGCGGCUCUACAGAUACCUGAGUGUGAUCCUGAAGCCCGACGAGGAGUGUCACCUGACCCCCAUGGAGGGUGCUAUCAUGCUGGAUCUGCUGAUGUCUCUGCCCGAGGAGCUUCCACAGCUUGACUGCAAAGAGCUGCAGAAACACCUGAAACAGGUGUAUCAGAGCCUCUCCUCCUCCGCUGACUCCAUGACGGCCAGAGACGUGCUCAAAGACCUGCAGGGCCAACUCAGUACUCCGACCGAGUCUCCAGCUGCUCCAGAGAGGGACGAAUCCGACGCUCAGCAGAACCUCACUGAUGCACACAGCGAUGGGGUCGCACCGCAGCCACAGGACGCUGAGAGCCAAUCAUCUGAGAGCAGCAACGCCACAUCACAGCAGGACGCGGACGUUCCUGGGGUCUGCCCCCCUCUCAACCCUUUCAUGGUGCCUGUGAAACUUUUAAAGUGCAGAAAAGUUCCACUUCAAACUGCGUCAACGUGAAAGAUUUUUUAUUUACGUUUAUUGAUAAAACAUUUCUGACCACCCAUCAGCACGGACGAGUUUCAGACCAGAACAGAAGAACCAAACAUUGGUCAGAUUCAUCCUGGUCUUCUUUACUGAUUUUACUACCUCUUCAGUGUAAAUAAGUCUCAGAGCUCCUCAAAACAUGCGUGUGAAGUUUCUUGUUAUUAAUCCACUCUGAU